AUGCGGUGUGUCCUGAAUGAGUCAUCCUACAUAAGACUUCCGAUGGAAUUCACAUUGGAACUACUUCAGGCAGUACUUACUCUCAAUCACUUCAGGUUUGAACAGAGCUGGUUUCAACAAAUCUCAGGCCCAUCUAUGGGGGCAGUGAUGGCUCCUAACUAUGCCAAUAGAUAUAUGUACUGCUUUGAGAGACAACACCCCUUAACACCACAUGCAGAUAAUAUUGCCCUGUACCGGCAUUUCAUCGCUGAUAUGCUGAUCAUAUGGAAAGGGGAUGAGAAUUCUAUUAACAACAUCAUUGAUGAAAUCAAUACAUUUAACACACCCAUUCAACUUACCAUCACUACAGAUAUGGAAUGUGUGAACUUCCUUGAUGUCUGUAUAUGA